UUUUUGUUUUCCCUAUGUCUUUAGUUUCUUUGAUCCAAAGGAAGAAAACCCAUUUGAAUCUAUAUUAAAAAGCAAAGAAAUUUGAGUUAAAAAAAAAAGGGUUUUGAUUUAGUUUUUCAUUUCGGUCCUUUUGAGGGAUUGUUUUUGGUUUUGAUUUUUUGAAAGUUCAAAAAAUGGCCAUACAAGCUCAGUUAUAUUCAGAUAAUAUUGGUUUCCCAUUAUGCAAUUCCUACGAUUAUAAUGGUGGCAAUGGUAAUGGUGGUUUCAAUUCAUUUCAUUUUGGUCCUCAAUGGAAACCACAGCUACAAUUUCAAGAACAGCUUCAAAAUCAUGAGAUUGACGAGUUCAUCAAAUCACAGGAUGAGAGAUUGAGAUUAUUAUUACAAGAACAAAGAAACCAACAAGUUUCAACCAUGGUGACAAAGCUUGAAUCCAAGGCAUCUUUUUUAGAAGAAGAGAUCACAAAGGCCAAAAACAGAACAAUGGAGCUUCAAAUUUUAAUGAAUAAGCUAGAAAUGGAGAACCAAACAUGGCAAAGAGUGGCACAAGAGAAUGAAGCCAUGGUUGUCUCUUUGAACAACAUGCUCCAACAAUUACAGCAGCAAUUAGACAAUGGUGUCGAUGAUGCAGGGUCUUGUUGUGAAGAAGCAGAGGAAAACAGAGGAUUUGGUGUCGUUGAAAGGACAAUGAUGGUGUGUAAAUGUUGUGAUUCUCGAAAUUCCUGCGUUUUGUUCCUUCCUUGCAGACAUCUUUGUACAUGUAAGGAUUGUGCAGCUUUUCUUGAUUGUUGCCCUGUUUGUAGAACAGUAAAGAAAGCUAGUAUUGAAGCUUUGGUUUCUUAGAUGCUUGAGCAGAAAAUUUUCUAGGAAAAUUGAAAAGGAAAAACAAUGAUGAUAUAAGACAAAAGGUAACCCAUGUUGAUGCUAGGCAUUAGAAUUUUUAUUUUAUUUUUUUGAAUUUUAGUUUUUUAGAUUGAAAUUUGUAUUUAAGUGGGGAAAAAAAUUAACUGAACAUAAAUUUCACAAGAAAAAAAAAUUAUUAUUAGGGUUAAUAUAAAAUUUAUACUUAAGUUUGA